AUGACCUGGGAAAGGCUGAUUGAAAUAUUUCAAUCCUGGCCUGAAUUCUUCAAACGUCUUGAACUUGUAAAAUGGAACUUCGACGGAUGUGAUUGGAGAUGGCAGAAAAAAUGUUCAAAUUUGUGCGAAUUUGCAAUUACAAGCCCUCCUCAAAUUCUAAUCCCUGACAUUUUGGGCACUGAUGAUGAUGGCGAAAUCACUUCAAUGCCAUACUUUUACUUUCACCCAGAUAAAUCAUCGGUAGUGUAUGAUAGGCCUCCUCCAGUUGUAAUCCAAUCACGGCGGUGA